CUCAUGCAGUAGGUGGCAGUAAUCAGCUCUCAGAUGCUUUAAUCAGCGAGCAACGAUUCCAGUAAAGAAACACGGCACCGCUACUCUAGAGUUCAACAUUUCUGCUGAAGUUUGACUAAACAAGCCUCUGCUGUUUUAUUAACUGAGUUGUGUGAGAUAUUGUCUUUAUUAAGAAGUAGUUUAGAAGAUGUUCGUGGCGAAGAGCAUCGCCGCGGAUCAUAAAGACCUGAUUCACGAUGUUUCUUAUGACUUUCACGGUCGGAGGAUGGCGACCUGCUCCAGUGAUCAGAGCGUCAAGGUCUGGGACAAAGGUGACGACGGAGAAUGGCAUUGUACUGCUAGCUGGAAGACUCACAGUGGAUCGGUGUGGAGGGUGACAUGGGCGCACCCUGAGUUUGGGCAGGUGUUGGCGUCUUGCUCCUUCGACCGCACUGCAGCUGUAUGGGAGGAGAUCGUCGGAGAAUCCAAUGACAAACAACGGGGACAAAGUCACUGGAUCAAGAGAACCACGCUGGUGGACAGCCGGACGUCCGUGACCGAUGUGAAGUUUGCGCCGAAGCACAUGGGCCUGAUGCUGACCACCUGCUCUGCAGACGGCGUGGUGCGCAUCUACGAGGCCCCUGACGUGAUGAACCUCAGCCAGUGGUCACUGCAGCACGAGAUCUCCUGCAAGCUCUCCUGCUCCUGCAUCUCCUGGAACCCCUCCAGUUCUCGAGCUCAUCCUCCAAUGAUAGCCGUGGGCAGUGACGACAGCAACAUCACAUACAGCGGCAAAGUGCAGAUCUAUGAGUAUAAUGAAAAUACCAGGAAGUAUGCCAAAGCAGAGACGCUGAUGACUGUGACUGACCCGGUUCAUGACAUCACCUUUGCUCCUAAUCUGGGGAGAUCCUUCCAUGUGCUGGCCAUAGCCACUAAAGACGUCCGCAUUUUCAAACUCAUACCUAUGAGGAGAGAGAGCGCCAAUAGCUCUGGUCCCACUAAGUUUGAGGUGCAGGUGAUGGCUCAGUUUGACAGUCAUAACUCUCAGGUGUGGCGCGUGAGCUGGAACAUCACCAGCACUCUGCUGGCCUCCUCUGGAGACGACGGCUGUGUGCGGCUCUGGAAAGCUAAUUACAUGGACAACUGGAAGUGCACAGGGAUCCUGAGAGGAGACGGCAGCCCAGUGAACGGCUCUGGACACGCUGCGGCUCUGAGCGCGGUGGGCGUCCCUGUGGCCGCUCAGAUGGUUGUUGGGGCUGCUUCUGCUGGCAGAAAAAAAGCUCAGCUGAUGCCAGGCUAAUGGCUUGACAUGCUGAUUGGCUGUUUGCUGCAUGCACAGGAUUGGACCGAGACCUGAUUGACCCUCCCCUGCACGGUCUGUGACACCUGAACACUCGUCUAGUGACUAAUCCGACAGAAGCGUGUGCUGACGGCACGAUCGGUUGUGUGGCUGUUAAAGGAACUGUGCCUCUGUGUGUGUUGUGUUCAGUGCUACCUCCCUGACAAUAAGUUUUUUAAAAAAUUUUGGUAUUUUUUAACAAAUUAUAUACUAAACUUGAUUCCCAUCAAUACUGACAUACUUAUUAAUUGUUGUAAUGUGAUGCAGUAUUAUUUAUUUAUUUUAAUACAUUUAGGUCAUUUUUCACGAGUUUCAAACUCAAUUGUCUGCAUUUGUCAACAUUUGUAUUGACCAUGUCAGAAAACUGUCGAAGUUGCAUUUAAAGGAGCAGCUCCCCCAAAAUCAAAACCAUAUCAUUUACUUGCCGUCAAACGUUCCAGAACAUUUUUUUCUUCUGUGAAGCAUAAAAGACAACAUUUUUUAAAAUUCUCAUUUAUUUGCAUUUGGAACGUCUUGAAGGUGGGUAAAUUUGGCAUCUUUGGUUUCUGGGUGAACUAUUCCUUUAACUCGUGUUUCCAGAGAACACCACAUAGAUGUGCUGUUGGUUCGAAACUGCCGGCAUGUAAUGUGUGGUGUGGACAGUAGAGGGAGACACUGUAUCAUUCAGCUCAGUUCUGCUCAAACCACUCUGUCUCCAAAUAUGCCCUUGGAAUUACUAACACAUUACAUUUAAUUUGUCACACUAACUGAAUUACCAGAUUUCAGUGCCUCUUUUAUGAUGUAGGAGACAAUGUAGUAGAGGAGACAAUCCCAGUAGACAAUGAUGAAACAUCAGACAUGCUAAACAAUAUCUAUCUCCGCUAAUAAAAAAAGUCACUAAAAGUUUGUCAAAAUUCAGGAGUCUGGUGCAUGAAUAAUGGACCAUAACUCAAAGGCCGGAACCCGAUCAUUAAUGCUAUAUACUGUAUAUUGGAGAUCUCGAGAUGCUCACUCCCCUUCAUGACGGGAACUCAGCAUAUUCUUUAUAGUGGUGCCACUUGAAAUGGGAAUUCAAAAGGAGGAACAUUUAAACAGUUUUUGAAAUGAAUGCAACUUU